AUGAGGACGUCAGGCUCUGCUGCUUUGAGCUAUGGUGGCACUCAUUUAACCAAGGAAUCAUCGGGAGGUGGAGACAAGAGAAGGCUUGGUAAUAUUCAUAAUGGCACUCCCACUGCCAUCUCUGCUUUCACUGCUACACACCAAACCCUAGACCACCAUCACCACCACCCUCUGCAACCUCUCCAUGUUCAACCAGUCCAACUACCAGCCGGAGAUCUAGAUCCAGAUCGAGUAGUCGGCUCCACCGCAGUUGCACCCACUAGUGGUGGGCACAAGUCCAAGACACCAACGUCUGCACCAACAACUGGCAAUGUUCGCUACCGUGAAUGUCUCAAGAACCACGCGGCCAACAUCGGCGGCAAUGUCUUCGACGGCUGCGGAGAGUUCAUGCCUUGCGGCGAGGAAGGAACCCUCGAAGCACUGAAAUGCGCGGCAUGUGAUUGCCACAGGAACUUCCACCGUAAGGAGGUGGACGGCGAGACAACGCCGUUCGGGCCCGGGUCCAGAUCACGUAGCAUAAUGCUGAGCCCUCUCCAGCUCCCUCCGCCGCUGCCGUCCCCUUCCUCGGCUCUCCACCAUCACCGGCACCAGAAGUUCUCGAUGGUUCAACCCAUGAGCAUGGCUUUCGGAGGAGGUACGGAGUCCUCAAGUGAAGAUCUGAACAUUUACGACAAUGUGGAUGGAAUAGGAGGAGGGUCAGCGCCGCCAUUUAGCUUGUCGAAGAAGAGGUUCAGGACUAAGUUCACGGCGGAGCAGAAGGUAAGGAUGGUGGAGUUUGCGGAGCGAGUGGGGUGGAGGAUUCAGAAGCAGGAUGAGGAUGAAGUGGAGAGGUUCUGUGAUGAGGUGGGAGUGAAGAGGCAGGUGCUGAGGGUUUGGAUGCACAAUAACAAGAACACAGUGAAGAAGAUGCAGCAUGACCACCAUGAUAUCACCACCACAACAAGUCAGCUGGCAUUGGAGAAUGUUGAAGCUCAUGAAGAAGCAGGUCAGGGAGAAGGGAGAACAGACACAUAA